UAACUGCUGUCGCCCCACCCCCUUUCACCUUGAGCGCGGACUGCAGCACUUCGAUUGAAAGUUACAAGUGGUUGUCUGAGAAGGGGAUAAGAUGUCGGCCAAAUCAUCGGUUAUAAAAUUUGGCUAUUUAAAUCACAAACAAUACAUUUGUAAAGCAACAUUGAGAAAAAAGCAUACAGCGCAAUGUAAGUUCUGCAGUGCUUCACUAUCAGAGACGGUGGGGACUACGUCCAACUUUUAUCGACACCUUGAAAGAAAGCACAAAGAAAGGUUCCUGGAAUACAAGGCAGGGCAACAGAGUGAUGUCACACAGCCAACAAUAUCGUUAUUUACACAGAAAGUGCAGCUCUACAGCCCACAAUCGCCAAGGCAGCAAGCCAUCAGUGAAGCCAUUGUUCAAGAUUUGAUCAUUGGAUGUUGUCUGCCCCUCUCCCUCGUGGAAAAUGGACACUUUAAACACUUUCUUGAAGUCCUGGACAGUAAAUACACACCAAUCUCUAGAAAAACAGUUUCUGAGAGACGAAUUCCAGAAUUGGUCAGAAAAGUCAAGGAAACUGUCUUGGAGAAACUGAAGACCCAGUCGUCUGUGUCAUUAACAACUGACCUUUGGUCUGAUCGCAGGCUACGCUCCUUUCUUGGGGUGACUGCCCAUGUGUGCUACAAAUCUAAAGAUUGCUAUGCACUUGAAUCCUACCUGCUGGACUGUAGGCGUUUUACAGGGAGGUAUACUGGAGAGCACAUUGCGUCUGCCUUUGAGGAGAUCACUGAGGAAUAUGGUAUUCGUGACAAAAUUAGCUAUAUCAUAACAGACAAUGCACCCAAUAUGAAAUGUGCUUUCAAAGUACACAUGCCCCAGCAGCAAUCUGAUGACAGUGAGAGUGAAGAGGAUAAUUUAGAUGACGAGCACUUGUGGGAGGACAUUAAUUCAGAGGAAGACAUUGACUUACCAUGGUCAUCUGGUGAACGUCUUUCCUGCUUUGCACACUCUCUCCAGUUAGUUGUGCAUGAUGGUAUGAAGGAGGUCAAGACCAUUUCUCGCACCAUAGCAAAAACGUCAAAGUUCGCAACCCUUUUACAUAGCAGCUCACAAUUUAAAGAUAAGUUUGAGGCUGCAUUUGGCACCAAUAAAAGUGUUCCAGCUGCAAAUACAACUCGUUGGAACAGUACAUUUAAACAAGUACAGGCCCUUACAACUCUAGAACACAAAUCACUCAGUGAAAUGUGCAACAAAGACUAUGAGGAUGUCGUGUUCAGUGCGCGGGAGUGGAACCAGCUAAAGGAGCUAUGUAUAGUUCUUUCUCCAUUUGCUGAAGCAACAGAGCUGACCCAAGGGGAAAGAUCAGUGACUAUUAGUAUGGUGGUUCCAACUGUACUGGACUUGAACACACACCUCCUCAAGAUGGAGGAGACCCGAAUGCAGUGCCGGCCGUUGGUCAGAGCCCUCCAGCAGUCUCUGGUGAAAAGAUUUUCUGGAAUCUUUACAAAAACAAACAUGGCCAAAGACAGUGGAAGAGAGGAACCUUUUAACCAUGAUGUGUACUUCUUUGCUGCCAUGCUGGAUCCACAGUUUGGCUUAAGCUGGGUGGAUUUAGAUGUUACCAACGGAGGUAAUGCAGCAUCGGUGAAGAAGUUCAGAGAUGAACUUAAGAAGACACUGACAGACACAUUGAUCUUUGGGGUGGAGAACAUGGAGAGUACAGAUGACAAGUGCUCAGAAGCCAUGAAUGUGGAUCCAACCAGUCAUUCGCCACCAGCCAAAUGCCCUCGACUUCUGUCACGCUACAAGGCACAUAAGAAGCACAGCUCCUCUGUCCAGAAUUCAAGUAUUGCAACACAAUUAAACAGAUACUUUAAUGAUAUAAGAGACUGUGACAGUGACAAUGCUCUUGCCUUCUGGGGAGAAAACCAGUCCAAAUAUCCUCAACUGCACAAUUUGGCUUUGAAAGUGCUAUCCGUCCCUGCCUCCUCUGCACCAGUGGAAAGGGUUUUUAGUCGAGGAGGCAUUGUAAUGAGACCCCAUCGUGCACGUUUAGGUGCAAAAAUGCUGCAGUCUCUAAUCUUUCUGAAGUGCAAUGAAACCUUACUUUAAACUAAUUUUAUGUAUCACCUACUUUAUUUCAACCACUGUUCAACUACAUGGUUAUCCUUGUUCUCGAGUUUUGCCAUUGACGUUUUCUAAAGCUUUGGCGUAUUAUGAAACUGCUUCCAGUUGUAUAAUUUUAUUUUUGAAACGCAUGCAGUUGGGCCUCUAAAUGUCAGAUUUCUUUAUUAUGUAUGUUAUGUAUAAGUUGCUACAUCCAUUCAACAGCAGAGUUAAAGAUGCAGUAUGUAACUUUGUUAAAACAAAAAAAUAUCUUUGUAAAAGUUAUAUAGUUUUUUUUAUAUAUUUAUGUCACUAUGUUGUGUCAGUAUGUUAUGAGACCGACAAGCUGUGAAAAUAUUGAGCUCCUCUGCCUUUUCUCCAUGUUCCCAGUGCUAACUGGAGAAAUACACUGCUUGGUCAAAAACAAACCAUCUGAUCCAGCAAAAGGGUCUUAGAACUGAUAAAAGUCAGUCAUGUUUUUGUGCACGUAUUUCAAUGGGGUUUGUAUUUCUGCAGAUGGCAGUAGUCGCUCAGGGAGGAAGUGAAGGAGAUCAAUCUUUUUUUCAACAAAUUAUCUGUCUCAUAACAUAUUGUCACAACUUAGUGAUAGAUAUAGAUUUAUUUAAGAAAAGUUAUAUAAUGUAGCUAUAAUCUGUAUACGAGAGAGAAACGAGAGAAAUGAUUGGCAUUUUUUCAGUUUUACAUAUUUGCACAUGGUUUUGAAAUAGCACAUUUAAAAACAACAUAAAUGUAUGUACUGUUCAUGAAAGGCAGAGAAAAUACUAUUUUGAUCGACUUUGAUUGUUUGAAAUUCUGUGAUUACAACAUAGAAGUACUAAAUAAAGAUGUUUAUGUUUAUUCCAGUUCUCUGUGUAAAAUAUCUAGGUGUUUUUACGUGAAUGUGGGUCUUUUAGAUCAAUUUUAGUGAUUUUGAUCAUGUUUCACAUUUUAUUGUCACAUACUGGCGCUGGUCUUGGUCUUGACUCGGUCUCGACUUCCCUCGGUCUUGGUCUUGACUUGGUAUCGGACCCUAAAAGUCUUGGUCUUGUCUCG